AAUUUAUUGAGUCUUUUAAUAAUACUCCAUUUCUUGCAUGCCAAUCCCCACACUUACUAAACUAAACACAUAUCUUUCUAUAUAUAGCAUUAAUAUUACUUUGAUGAUAUCCAAUCAUCUCAAAUCACAUGACAAUCUUCUCACCAAAUCCAGUGAGAUUCAUCGAAGACGCCCUCUUCUGCUCCGACCCAUUUGCCCUAUCCUACUCCGACCCGGAUCAGAAAUGGAUCAUCCGCCAACACCUCCUCUCCCUCCUCAAUGACUUCCCUUCCCUCCGCCCCUCCGUCUCCCUCUUCACCCACAACGACGGUACCGCCGUCACCCUCCUCCUCGCCACCGGCGACCUCCCCGUCUCCCCGCCCGUGCCCCUCACCAUCUGGGUCCACGAGCUCUAUCCCCACGUCGCGCCCCUCGUCUACAUCAACGCCCCCAUCCACGGCCGCCAUCCCUUCGCCGACCCCACCUCUGGCGCCACCACCUCCGCCUACACCGCCACCUGGCACUUCUCCAAGUCCAGCCUGGCAGGCCUGGCCCACAACCUCACCAGGCUCUUCUGCCACAACCACCCACUCUGCUGGCCCACCACCAACAAAGCAGGUGGUUAUUCUGACAGAUGGGCCCACCCAUCACUGGCCUCCAGAAUGGAGGCCAGUGACAGGCUGGCCUGCUCACUCUACUACGACUCAACAGCGAUCCUAGAUAGGGUGAGGAGGGAGGUGGAGGAGCUGGCGGCGGUUCAGGCGGCGCUGAGGGAGAGGAGUGAGGGGCUGGCGAUUGCGGUGAGGCGGUUGGAGGGGGAGCGGAGAGGGCUGAAGUCGAGAUCGGAUGAGAUGUGUGAAGAAGUUGAUAGGUUGCAGAGCUGGCUGAGAGUGAAUGCGACGGCGAAUUCGGGCUGUGCCGCCGUGGAUGAUGUGUUUGAAGGGGCGGAUGGGUGGUCGGAGACAGCGAUGGAUCUUAUGGCGGCGGAUCAGGCGGUGGAGGAUUUGAUGUAUAAAUUGGAGGCGGCGGUUGGGGCAGGAGUUGUGAGUUUUGGUGUUUAUUUGAAGCAGGAACCGUUAGAUAUGCACAUUAGUGGAGAUUGAAUCCUAGUCGUAGGAUUGAUUGUUAGUCGUAUUAGUUAGCUUAAUGAUGUGUUAGUUGGCUAAUUAGUACUUCAUCUCUUAAAAGGGGGAUUACCGCCCAAUUUGUAAUUGUAAUCGUUUUUUCCCCAAUUCAAUUCAAUAUAAAAAUUCUCUCUCCCAAAAACUCUCUCUUUCGCGAUUCCUAAUCAAACCUUCAUCCGCUUAUCGCGAUUGUCAUCUCCGAUCAAAUUUAUCUUACAGUAUCUAUUCAUAAACUUCAAUAGAUGCUUCUUGUUAGAGAUCAAUGCAAAGACACAUGUGAUCUAAACCAGCAGCAUGAAGCUGACUUGGCUGUGCAUGGAGCUGAGCUGCUGUGCCAGCAUGAUAUUCAAGUUGGUGCACGAGAUGAGAUUAAAACAAAGUGUGUUGAAGAUCAGUCAAAACUAAAGACUGUGAAGACUGUAGUGAAUGCAACAGCUGGACUCCUGGACCACAAAAGGACAUAUAGAGAUGUGGCAGCACAAGACAUGGUGAAGAGAGUGUGUACGUGAUUAUGUUAUGAUUAGGAUUAAAUGAUCUUUAGUUAAGCAGUAGAUGCAGUGAUUAAGCUAAGGUUCUAGAUCUUUCUGAGCAUGGAUAUAUAAAUGUGUAAUGAGUUUUUGAAUUCAUCGAAUGAAUACAGAAUCUUGAGUGCUAUUUUGAUUA